AUGGCGUCUCGAAACCAGUUCGAUGGCUUUUCUCCACCUCGUUCGAACCUUCAGAGAUUCAUCUUCAAUGCCUGCGACCCCAUAGCCAAUAUCGAACCCAACUUAGGCUCAAACCUCGAGGUCGUCGACCUGAUAAACUCCAAAAAGGGCAAUGCACCUCGUGAGGCCGCGGUGACAAUUGUCCAACUCAUCAACCACAGAAACCCAAACGUCUCCAUGCUUGCCCUGUCUCUCCUGGACAUCUGCGUCAAAAACUGUGGCUAUCCAUUCCACCUGCAAAUCAGUACGAAAGAAUUCCUCAAUGAGCUUGUUCGACGCUUUCCAGAGCGCCCGCCCAUCCGCCCGAGCCGCGUACAGGGCAAAAUACUAGAGGCCAUCGAAGAAUGGCGUCAAACAAUCUGCCAGACUUCUCGGUACAAAGAUGAUUUGGGUUUCAUAAGAGACAUGCACCGGCUGUUACUGUACAAAGGCUAUAUGUUCCCCGAGGUCCGGCAAGAAGAUGCAGCCGUGUUGAACCCGAGCGAUAACCUACAAUCUGCGGAAGAGAUGGAGGAGGAAGACCGAGCGGCGCAAUCUGCAAAAUUACAGGAACUUAUCCGGCGAGGACGACCACAAGACCUGCAGGAAGCCAAUCGAUUGAUGAAAGUCAUGGCCGGUUAUGACACCAGGCACAAGACGGACUAUCGUGCCAAGGCCGCAGAGGAGGUGUCAAAGGUUCAACAAAAGGCGAAAAUCCUUGAAGAGAUGCUUCAAAAUCAUCGGCCUGGGGACACAAUCGGUGACGGUGAUGUCUUUGAGGAGCUGGCCUCUGCAUUGGCCAGUGCACAUCCCAAGAUCCAGAAAAUGUGUGAGGAGGAAUCUGAAGAUGCUGAGGCGGUAUCGAAACUACUCGAAAUCAACGAUAGCAUCCACCGCACCAUCAAACGGUACAAGUUAAUGAAGGCCGGGAACAUUGAGGAAGCAAAUAGGAUCGAGAAAGGAACCUUAGGCACGACGACGGGCGUUAGCAAGAAUGCUGCCAACGAGCUUUCGUUAAUUGACUUUGACCCGGAGCCUCCAGCCCCAGCUGCAUUGUCAAAUGCCAACGGAUCACUCUUGGAUGCUGGUCCGGGGUCAUCAGCACAAGCAAAGCCAACAACGGUAGAAGAUGACCUACUUGGACUCUCACUGGACGACUCAAGUUCGGGGCAGAUGGGCUCAAUUUCCCUCGGACCCAGUACAACUUUUGGAAAUACUUCUGCUUCAGGCUUUGCAAGCAAACCUCACUUUCCCACAGCUCCAGCUCCAGCACCGGCCCCUCAACCCUCUCCGAAACCGAACUAUGACAUUUUUGCCUCCCUGACCAGUGCUUUACCCCCUUCAAAACCAUCUACGCCCGCACCAGCAGCAACACCACAACGCCCAGCAAGUCAAGCGGCAUUAGAUCCGUUCGCUGCCCUUGUCUCUGGAGGAUCACGUCCCUCAACUCCUCGGGCGUCCACACCGCUUGAAGGGCUCGCUCGAUCCGCAGCUGGGGCGCCACAAGUGCCAGGAGGAGGAGCAGCGGCAGCGACAGCGGCAGAAGAUGAAUGGCUCUUUGAGUCGUCACUGCCCGGGCCGUCUAUCGUCUUAGUGCAUUCAUCGUCCAUAAAGAUCGAAUUUGAGCCCCGCCGAAUACCAGGGCAGUCAGUCAUACAGAUGACAGCAUAUUUCUCCAACACUACGCAUCAACGCAUUACAGCAUUGCACUUCCAAGUCGCGGUGGAGAAGAGCUAUACGCUGCAACUCAAGCCGCAGAGUGGGCGGGAGCUAGCGCCCAAGUCUGAACGACCUCUAAAACAAGAAAUUCUCCUGAACGGCAUACCAGAAGGCAAGGGAAAUGCGGUCAAAAUGCGGUUCAAAGUAUCAUAUGCUCUGAAUGGCCAACCCCGAGAAGAACAAGGUACGGUGCCAUCGUUAGGGGUCAAUUAG